GUUGUCUCUCUCUCCGCAUUUAUACUCCUCAAAACAUUUCUACCAAAAAAAAAAAAAAAAUCCUCAAAACAUCUCGUAGAAACCCUAACACAGUACUGAAACUAAAAUUUAGGGAUUUUUUCACGCUGUUUCUUUUUCUUUGAUGGUGGAAGGAGAAUGGCUUCGAAUAUUAUGGGUUCAUCUGAAGUCGUUCCUAUGGAGGACACUGUUCAGGCUUUGAUGGAUUAUCUGGUCGACCCAGUUUUACCCUUGAAAUCCUCUGUUCGUGAUGCUUCUUCACUCACUCAGCAACAACGGGUUGCAAAGCAGAUGCAUGCAGUGGUGAUACUUUACAACUACUAUCACAGGAGACAAUUUCCAAAGCUUGAAUUUCUAUGUUUUGAGUCAUUUUGCAAGGUGGCAGUAAACACAAAACCAAAUUUGUUGGUGCAUAUGAAACUCAUGCAAGGAUGCAAUUUUGGAGAGGGUGACCUGGACCAACAUCUAUCAAUCACGGAGAAUGUCAUUAUGGAUGCAUGCAAUAUUUGUAUAGAUUUAGAUGCUUCAAAAGAUGGUCCUAGCAUGGAGGGAUGGCCCAUUUCUAAAGUAACUGUUUUUCUAAUUGACUUCAUGAAAAAGAACUGUUUGCUGCGUUUUGGCUCCAUAACCGAUGGUGUUUGGUCACUGAUAGAAAAGGACCUUGAUGACCUCAAUCCCCCAUCUGAGGGCAUUUUGGAGGCAAAAGAUAGUAACAAAAGGAAAAGAAUCACUAAAAGGUCUUUCAGGGAUGAACUGAGUGCUGAGGAGUCUGGAUUUUAUCAACUUGCAUUUUCAGCUGUUAAAGAAAGGACAAAGAUUGAUCAGACUGAUCUUAUGGUUUUGGAAAGCCAUGUUGUUUACUCAAUAACCAAAAGGAAGACAGCUGCUUGGUUUUAUAUAAUGCAAUGUACAAAGCCGAUCAAUGAGGAUAUCAUUCAAGUUCCUAUAAAGGAUGCUAUUAACAGUUUGCAGGGCCCCUUGGUGAAGAAGAUUUCCAGCACUUACAUUGUAACCCCUGCUGUUGAAUAUUUCCAUUUAUUGCCAUAUGCUGGGAUUAUUUCAGACUGGCUUUCCAGGAAGGAGGAUCCAAAUAGGUCAUCACUUUUACAGUUGGGGCCAGAAAAUGUAAAUAUAGGUUCUUAUCCGACUGCAAGAAAAGCAUCCUCUAUUGAAGUGAAUCACAGCAGUGAUAUAUUUAACAUGGCACAUUGUAUGGAUGGCAAAAGAAUCGACAAAAUUGAUGGAACUCUAGACCAAAAGGAAAUUGACAAAGGAAGGAGUAUUCCAAGGAAAGUUCCGGCUGACCAUCUCGAGGGAAAGAUCAUAGCCUCCAGUGAAGAUGAUUUGGGUUUUACCAGAAGCAAUUCCAAAGAUAAGGUGGAGGUGCUUGAUCCUAUGGUUAAGCCAUGUGGCAAAGAAAACACAGGUGUAAAGGUUGCUGAUGAAAAUGAUAUGUGGAAUUUUCACUUGCAUGGUUGUGAAGCAACACCCAUAAGAGAUCAUCUGUUUGUCCCUUUGAAGUCCAAUGGGCAAGAUCCUGAGAAAAUCCAAGCUGUAAUGGCAUCAAAGGGAGAUGAAUUGUUACGGACUGCUUUGAAAUUGCUUCAGAAAAAACGAGAUGAUCUGGUUACUCUGUCUCAACAGAAAUGUGACCUGGAAGAUGACAUUGCUCAAUGUGAGAAGAUCCUCCAGACAAUUUUAAGUGGUGGUGAAGAUGAUUUGAUAUUAAAGAUAGAGUCCAUACUGGAAGUUUGUAGGGUUGCAUGUUCAAGAGGGACGACUACCCGAACUUAUGGUCCAACCCAGCUACAUGUGGAGAAGCAAAGUUCAUCUCAAUCCCUUGAUAGCAGGAGAUUGUCUGAGGCCAUUCUUAAUUUACAGGAUCCAUGUCAGGAGUUGGAUGCUAUAUGCCAACAGAACAACUGGCUAUUACCAAGAUAUAGUUUAUCUCCAUCAGGUGGCGGCUACCGUGCCAAUGUAAUAGUGAAAGGAGUGGACUUUGAUUGUCCUUGUGGUGGGGAUGUACAGGCUAACCCCAGGGAAGCUAGGGCAUCAGCGGCAUCAAAUGUGCUGAGACAAUUACGUAUAAUGGCGGGUCAAGUGCAGUAAUUCAUUCUUUAGACACUAAGUUGAAUAUAUAGACUCCCAUUAGGUCGGACAAAUCUUGUUCCUUGUGAUGGAACUUUUGUAGCAUUUGUAAACUACCCAGCGUGAUAUACUGGUAGGAUCUUGUUUUUAGGUUUUUCACGACACUACCAACAAAUAUGGAAUGACCAGCAUGGAUUCAGUCGUGUGUAUGAGGUAUUCAUUUUACUUGGCAACCUGAUCAGUUGUAGUGUACUAGGAAGUGAGUUGCCUAAAUCCACAUUUAGCCAUGGAAAAUCUAUGCUUACAAAAGGACAUUCACAUCCUUACGCAUUUUUUUUCUUAUCA